CCUUGGCCGAGCGCCGUCGCGGCCGCGGUUGCCGGGUGACGGUCGGUCUCGGCGUGCCCCAGCGGCCCCGGCCCCGGCCCCGCUGGUAGCAGGAUAUGGAGCAACCAAAUGAGAAGUUGCACUGAGUCUCUCUGUUCAAGAUAGAUGGAGAUGAAUAGCUGUGACUAGUAAAUGAAAAUCUGCACAGGAGAGGAAUGGGAAAUAAUGCCAAACAGCAGUGGCAUUGAAAGAAAAGAGAAUAUUGAGAUGGACCUGAAGUGGAAUCCUGGCAGAGUUUCUCAUCUGGACUCAGCUGCAGACCGAGUGACUGAUUUGAGUUGGCGAGGCAACCUAAAUCCCAGUCCACUGAUUAAAGAUGAUGGAGAGCUACUUGUGGAUGAAUACCUUUCCCCCAGGAAACUGAAAAUUUUGACAGGGGUAGAUGAUCUGCAGCAAGUGAAUGCCCUAGAGAUGCGAGUAGAUACAACAGAGAACAGCUUGGGGAACUUUGGUGCCUAUCUACCUAAUCUGAGAGAACUGAAGUUGAACAAUAGCUUGCUUGUGUCUGUGAGGGAUCUUGGAACCACAUUGUCCCAUCUCUACAUCCUGUGGAUGACUCACUGUGGGCUCCCAGAUUUAGAUGGGAUCUCCUCCUGCAACUCUCUAAGAGAACUCUACAUAGCCUAUAACAAUAUCUCUGAGCUGAGCCAGCUGCCCUGGCUGGAUCACCUUGAAGUUUUGGACCUGGAAGGUAACAAUAUUGAGGACAUCAACCAGAUGCAGUACCUGGGACUUUGUUGCAAGUUGAGCCGCUUGACAGUGGAGGGCAACCCUAUUUGUCUGAAGCCAAAUGCAGAAUCUACAGAGGAACCAGAUUAUAAUUACAGAGCUGAAGUAAAAAAACUCAUUCCCCACUUGGAGUAUUUGGACGAAAUAGCAGCAAGCCAGACUGCUCUCCUUCCUUCCAAUAAGAUGCAUGAGGAUUGGCUAAUCAUCAAGGAAUCCAUCAAGGAAGGUGGUUUAGCUGGAGACAUCUCAUGGUUAGAUCCAUGUCUUGGGGCAGUAGCAAGGCAGUCUAGAUGCAGCCCAAGACCCUCAACAACUUCCAGACCUGGCACUACACAAUCAUGUGCUCAUGCAGGGAGAUCUAGCAGUGCCUGCCUCUUGUAUGGCGACUGUCCUCUUCCAGAUCCCACUGUUUCUGAUGAGCCGUUCACAGAAGACGGCUCCAGUGAUUUGAUACAUGGACUCAGUCAAGUUACAUGUGGGAACCACACCGAGGCUAUUUGUGCAAGGAGGCAAAAGCUAGGUCCACCUGCAGUGAGCUCUUUGAAACUGUGUGGUCUGAGGACAGAAAACCUUUACAGCUCUGCAGGAGGAGGAAGUCUGCACCAGGAAGAUGUGUUCUCUGAACUGAGCACCAAGAGAGAACAGCAAAAGAGAUGCCUGCAAAGAGGACAGCAAGAAAAAGUUACCCAACCACUGAAGAUAACUCUUAGUGAUGAGGAAGAGGGUGAAGACUGCAGCCUGACUGACAGCUGGGAAGGUGCAUUGAGUGAGACCUCUGAUAAGGACCUCAUUGAAAGGAUUUCACUUGAUUCUUCUGGCCUCUCCUGUCUCUCCCAGUCUUCCUCAGGUUCGUCACAGGCUCAGGAAGGUGCAGUGUUCUCCAACCCAAACCACUGCCUAAUUCCAUCCCCUCCAAAAACCCCUUCACCUGCAUCUGUAACAGGUGUUGCAGCAAGACCCUGGAAAAAAAGGAACCACAGGAUAAGAUGCCUAAAAAUACCCAGCCAAGAGGAGAGGCAGUGGAUACAGCACUGCCAGCCAAGGGCUCAUCAAGAAACUUCAGCCCAGCUUCUGGGCAAGAAAUUUGCUCUUCUGAGCCAGCACAGCAUGCCGGCUGCCUCUGGAUCUCGAGGGCAGCACCAACCUGCUGGGAGCAAUGGCCAGCAAAGGCCUAUUUCAGUACCAACAGCUGUUGGAUCAACAAGCAUCAGGCCCAUCGUGGAUGAGAGCCCUCCUGGAGAGAACAACCACCACCAGCCAGCUGCCUGCUCAUCCACAAAAGCCUCACAAAGGUCUGGGCUGAUGAACACUGCUUGGCCCCUGACUGCCAGGGCCAUGCUGCAGCCACUGCCACACAGACCCACUUCCUCAAUAUCUCAGAAGAGAAGUCCCCAGUCCUAGAAGAUACCUAGGUGGCAGCAUGUGUUGGAUCCACUUACACAGCACAGUCUCGAAGGAUUGAUGCUAUCUUCUUUCAGCUUCUUCUGCAAGCUAAAUGCAGAGCUGUGCAAGUAGAGCAGUUCAAACAAAUGACAUGAUUUGCCUUAAUUAAGGCUACAGCUGGUCCAGAACUGCUUUCUUUAAAGAGCACCCGCUGAUCAACAGAAGAGCUAAUCAACCUCUUAUUAUAGACAAACAUGGUUAUUUUUGCAGCCUUCAUGCACUAAAACAGAACAAGUCCUAGUGUAUUUCCUCUCAUCCACACUAUGCUCUGCUCUGUGAGUCAGGCAGGGACACUGAACCAAGCAGAGCAUGGAGCUUGCAGUUUGUGGUGUAGAGUGGGCUGGAGGAGAUGAGGGUCACAGAGCAUUCCCUCUCACUCCUAUACCCCCGAUCUAGCAGCAUCCCACAAUGUGUCUUAUGCAGCCCUGGAUGUUUAACGUGUAAGGGACAAAGCCAAGGGCUUGAGAGGAAGCGAUGUCUGGAGCAGGUUGUAAGGAGAGGGUGCAUGGCCUGAGGAAGAGCCCAGGAAGGCCGCGUGUUUUCAGAGCUUAUGCCCCCACAGCAGCUCACCCAUUCGCAGGCAUCUGAGGAUCUUGUUGCCUACAUUGCUAUGGGAGAUAAUGCUGACUAGGUGGCUUCCAAUAUUAACAGGUUUGUUGGCUCCAUAGCUACCUGGAAGGAUUUAUCUUGCUUCCUAUGGAUAGAUGCACACUGGAAUGUCAUUAGCAUGUAAGCAGGUGUCAAGAGCGUCCUCUGCAUGUGCCUUUAGAGUCAGGCAUCCCAUCUCUAGCUUUCUAGACCAAAUAGACUUUCUAAUUUCAUAUGACCGAAUAAUUUUAAGUAGUGCUGCAGCAAAGACAAGGCAGGGAAGCAAGGGAAUAAUCUCUUCUUUUUUUUUUUUUUUUCAGUAGGGCAUUUGUUUUAUAUUUGUGAGAUUCAAAACAUUGAUUUUAGUGACUGCAGACUGAGAUGCUUAUCCAAAUGACUGUGCCUUAAAACUUCAUUGAUGUUGCAGUCUGAAAUCAUGCAUCAUCAUAUUUUUUUCCAGUUUAAAUUACUGUGUUAGAUAUAUAUUUUUAAAUUGGUUGAUAAACAGUAAUUACAUGAUAGGUUAAUGAAUUGGUUUAUGUCUUCUUUCUGCUGGUCAGCUUAACAUAGAAGAGCAGAAUAAGAGAAAAGCCCAAAACUUUGUCUCAUCAUGGUUAUACUUGUACCAAUUUUUCCUACAAAAUAGUCUGGAGCUUUAAGCUGAUUUGUCCAGUUUUGGCAAGUCCUAGAGGAAAUCAUCCAUCAAAAAUCAUUAAAACCUAUGAGGUGUGUGAUUCUGUGCAAUACUGUGGGUGCAGGCAGGAUUUCCUGUCAGAUGUCGCCCAGCGCCAGUGCCUGUGUCCUUAAACAGGCUCCUAAAAUUCACUUUUUGCCAGUGUCGCUGACCAUGACCACCACCAAAACACAAAAAUCUGACCUUGUAAAAGAAAGAAGGAAAUGGCAGCAUAGUUAUCAGAAAUGCUCUGUGCUCCCUCCUCCUGCUUGAGGUCUGCAGGCCUCACUGACCAUCAGCACUGGUGACAAUCAGGCCCUUCUCUAUAGCCAGGGUCAUAUCAGUGGGUGAUGGAUAGAGCUGUCUUCUCCAAAUAUUCGAAGCCAGCUUCUCAAUUUGCAUCUUUCAUUUCCAAGGGGUGGAGAGGAAAAAAGAAGGCAUAAGUGAUUUUUUUGUGAGAGGAAACGGGCAGCUAGAUGGGUCUGCAUGUGUGCAUCUGCAGAUGCAAAACCCUGGGUACAGAUCUGGAAAGUACUCUCAAAAGCUCCUGUGAGCUUGUCUCAUGGCAAACACAACUUGGCUCUGUAUGUGCAUGGGGCAAGAUGCUUCUCUGUGGUGGUGGAAAGGGCUUGCAGAAAGGGUCAGGGGAAAAGCUCUCCCCUCACGCGUGGGAAGAGUGACUGAGGGCUUCAUCAAAACCAUUUAAUACAGGAUUUCCUCUCUCAGAUGGAACUUGCACUUAGGAUGCCCAACGCUUCUUGGGGAGGCAUGCUCAGUCUCGAGCUGCAUUGCUGCCUAGAGAUAUCUGGGCUCCUAUGCUCAGCAAAGUGACAAUGCUUAGAUCUUGCGCAUUGCUCUCCCAAAAUGGAUCUCCAGCUGUGUUACCAGAGCAGAGACUGGUUUUGGGCAUACAGAGAGGAAGGUGAAGCAACUUGGCAGGAGAGCAGUGGCAUCAGUAGGAAUCUGACUUCCCUUGAUCAGGCACACAUCUUCUUAAUAGUUUUGGUGAUUGGGAAUGGGGGAAGACUCAUUAGUUCUCAGCACAUGAAAGCUUAGCAGGUAGCAGAGCCAAGCAUUGGUGGACAGCUCUGUCCAAGGCUUCAGUUUUUGUGUACCACAUUUGUUGUGUGCUUUCUGGGUGAUCUGACCUGCUGAGUAGUAUGUGCAAGAGUGCGUGCUCUGAAGCUAAACGCAUAGCAUGACUCAGCGGCAGGCUGUCAUGCUUGGAGCAGCAGGGAGGCUUGUUAAGAGAGCAAGCUUGUGAUCACAGCCAGACCCGAUGGCUGGAAGAAGGGCUGGUUGCCUCCUCUGCCAGUAGUGGGUGCACCUCAAGGCUGCCAUGCUGUUGUCUGUUGCAGUUUCCAGGACAAGCAAAAUAAAUAAAGCUGUUGCAGAUCAGAUCUGCACAGCUGUAACAGAUCCACAGAGGAAAUUGUUGCUCUGAUUUUAGCCUCUGCUCAUCCACCUUACACCCUUUUCAUCUAGAAAAUGUAAAAAGCCAGCCAGGGCUUUAUGGGCUUAUUAGGAAAUGUCGGGCAUGAUGGGCUACCCAGGAAUUCUGUUCUCUUGGCCCAAAAAGGAAAUAUAUGGGGACUUUCAUUGUGAGUUUUCUUGUCACUGUUUCCUCUGCUAAAAUCCUGUGUUGGUCUAUUGAAUAUGGACAAAGUCCUUUAAUGAAUUAGCUUAUUCCUAUCCCCGCCUUUGUAUACUCAAAUGAUAUUUAUCUCGAUAGGAUCCUUGCUUUUGGUUGGAUGCAACUAGUUUCACAUGCACAUUACCAGGGUCCCAUCCCCUCAUUCUUGUAAGGAGCUGCUGAUGGCUUUAAGUAUCUCACUGUCUUAAUGGGAUUUGCUCCCAGCUGCCAAAUUGAUAUCUAGUGUGGAAGCAGGAGAGAGGGGUGAGAACUACUCCCCCCCCACAGUCCCCCCCCAGCUAUUAAUAAAUCAGCACUGCAGGGAAGUGCUUUCUGCCAGGAGCUGAGUCUCAUCAGCACAUGCUGCUAAGGGAGGGGGUGGUUAGCUGGGGCAGCUGCCCUGCAGGGAGCAGGGCUAGCAGCAAAGGGAUGUGGUCCGAAGUGACACUGCUGUGGCGUUAGCAGAAGCACGGUCCAUCCAGGAGGCCUCUCAGCCUCUUAGCUGAUGUCCUGCGAGCCCCUCUGCUGGAGUGGCUGGUGAUGCCCUUCAUACUGAAAGGCUCCACUCAGCCAGAGCUUUAGAAAAUACAGAAGUGUGGAUCUGCAUGCCAGCCAGUCAGUUACUGCAGCGUCUAAAAACCCUUUUUUCUCCUGAAGGGAGCAUGGCUGGGACAGCAUCCCACCCAAACGGGCUCUGACCUGUCCCCCAAACAAAGCAUCCACCACUGACUCUCCCCAUUGCCAUCAGGAACCUUGCUGUGCCUGCGCAUCCCCAGCUAGAGUUCAGCCUGAUUGUGCUAAAAUUAAGGGAGUAAUUGAGAUGAUUUUUUAAGCAUGUCAGGGGGUGAUGGCCUUGCAACAGGAUGCUCCCGCAUGGCACAGUGUAAACCAGAAAAUAAAAUGUUGGACUCCUGG